GGUGGGCGUGGCUUCACUAUACCCGGCUGCUGCGGGGAAGGCCGGUGAGUAUAUAAUACCUUGUUCUCAAGUCUGCACUCCCUGACCGAUUCUGUCACCCAUCCGCCACCAUGCCUUUAGAGUUCGAAUUAUGCCCCGGGCGGAAGAUUGGAGGGGAGAAUCCAUGCUUCGUCAUUGCCGAGAUCGGGCAGAACCACCAGGGCGACUUGGAAAUCGCCAAGAAAAUGAUCCGCAUGGCAAAGGACAGCGGUGCGGAUUGUGCAAAGUUUCAGAAGAGUGCGCUGGAGUACAAGUUCAAUAAAAAAGCGCUGGAGAGGCCAUAUAACUCUCCACACUCUUGGGGGAAAACAUAUGGAGAUCACAAGCGCCACCUGGAGUUCAGCCAUGAUCAGUUCCGGGAGCUACAGAAGUAUGCAAAAGAAAUUGGGAUUUAUUUUACAGCAUCUGGUAUGGAUGAGAUGGCAGUGGAAUUCCUUCAUGAGCUGGAAGUACCUUUUUUCAAAGUGGGUUCAGGGGACACCAAUAAUUUUCCGUAUUUAAAAAAGAUGGCGCAGAAAGGUCGUCCCAUGGUAAUAUCAAGUGGAAUGCAGUCCCUGGACACUAUGCGUCGUGUUUAUGAAAUGGUGAAACCAUUGAAUCCAAACUUCUGCUUUCUGCAGUGCACCAGCACGUACCCACUCCUGCCAGAGGAUGUCAACCUCCGUGUCAUAAAGGAGUUUCAGUCUACUUUUCCAGAUAUCCCAAUUGGGUACUCUGGUCAUGAAACUGGCAUUGCUAUCACACUGGCUGCUGUUGCCAUGGGAGCCAAAGUGGUGGAGCGCCAUGUAACACUGGACAAAACUUGGAAAGGCAAUGAUCACCAAGCAUCACUGGAGCCAAACGAACUGGCUGAAUUGGUCAGCUCCAUCCGGCUUAUAGAGAAAGCGAUGGGCUCCUCUGUCAAACGCCUGUUGCCCUGUGAAUUGGAUUGUCACAAAAAGCUUGGGAAAUCCGUGGUGGCCAACGUUAAGAUUCCAGCUGGCACAGUGCUCACGCUCAGCAUGCUCACAGUGAAAGUGGCUGAGCCCCGUGGCUUCCCCCCGGAAGAAAUCUAUGACCUGGAAGGCAAGACAGUUAAGCGAGAGAUAGAGGAAGACGAGUCUGUUACAGAAGAAGCGAUUGAGAAUUACAACACUAGAACGAAAUGUUAGAUCCAUAGCAUGGCUGCUGCUGCUCAAGGCUCUUUCCUGCAGUCACCCUUUACCUUACCAAUACAUGUUCUCUGUAGACGUACAAUUGCACCGGCUUGGGGAUCCUUUUGUAUUGAACACCAGUGGCAUGCCAGAUUGUGUUUCUGUUCUAGAACUGUCAGUGAGAGAAACUGCUGUUCUUGUAAGGCUUUCAAUUAUUGCAUGGCAACCAGUCUCUAAUUUAGCAGGCUAUCUGUAUUGCUAUUCUAGAACCAAUCUUGCCAUUGUGGAUGAAUCCCACACUAGUACUGUGACAUACACAUGUGUGCUGGCUAAACAUUUACAGAUUUGUGCUUCCUUUCUCUAACCUCAGCAUCAUGUGAUUUCUUUUUUGUGUCUAGGCGCCUUAGGCCUGCAAGUAUAGCUUUCUUCUUUCAUUUCAGAAUUAAUAUUUGGCCAACCCCUCCCCAUCUCCCCAUUCUUUUCCUGUAUCAGACUGGCAAAAAAAAACCCUGUGUGUUUGCACUUGAUUCAUUUUGCAUGAACAUUGCCAUCUUGAACAAGGAUGGUAAUCUGUCUCUGCAUCCAGGGCUCAAAUCUGUUUCUUUAACACACGCUAUUCCAGCCAAGGAAAUCCAGCUUUAGUGAUAGAGAAACAAAAUCAUGAAUGCUAUGUAAAAUCUUUUUAUGAUCUUUUUGGGACAGAUUCUUAUACAAAUGAAGUUUUAUGAAAUUUGCCUUGUUUCGGCACAGCGACUUUUGCACCAAAAAAAAAGUGUUGCAUACAAAGAUUGUUCUUUUGUAAUACAACAUUAAAAAUUGAUACAUUUGA